GUCAGGUGUCAGGGGACUCUGGUUCGGUGGCCGGCGGUGACGGGAUCGAUGUCGCUCAGGUCGCUCUCGUCAGUUGACGUAAGGACGAUUGCGUAUGUGCUCCGUCGCGCGUUCGUCUCACGCUGAACACCACCAUGUGGAAGAAGGGUAACGUUUGCACCACCGCGAGUCUCGAGCGUUCGCGCGAUCGACGUUAAGGGGUGGUUAAGGGAGACGCGCUCGACCCACCUCAUCCCGUGUUUUGCCAAUGUCGAUGUAUGUAUCGAGCUAGCAGCCUGAACGAUGGGCUCAUGCUGCUCGACGAGUUCACGUAAUUCGCAAGCGACGUUCGUAGCCGGGUGAGUUUCGCCGGUCCACGCGAGGGGGGAAAUAAAACAUGAACAAGAGCCACGCGAACAAGAGGCUGAACCAGCUGCCGAGCUGGCUGUGGACCAACUCGACCACCCUGCCGCCGGUCUACAAGAUGGUGUGGGAGGCGGUGCGGGAGGAUCGGGUCAGGUCGAACGGCGUCCAGGCCGAGCUGCUCGUCGACACCAACAAGGUGUUCCCGCUGUUGCUCACCAGCCAGCUGCCUAUGGAGGUGCUCGGCCACAUAUGGAGCCUGGCCAACCAGAAGUACGCCGGACAGCUGACCGAGCAGGAGCUGUACAUCGUGCUGGCCCUCGUGGCGGCCGCUCAGACGUCCUACAGCUUCAACAGUCUCGAUAUACUGCAUUUGCUCCCCUUUCCGCCGACGCCCUACCUGAACAUAGAUUGCCUGAUGAAUCUGCAGCCUGCUGCCGCGCAGACGAACCCCCCGAAACUCCAGCACUACGAGGAACCCGGUAGUAACAUGGGCGUGGAAGGAAAGUACAUUCCCGACGUUAAGGGAAAAGCUAAAGUUAGAGCUCAAGUAAACACAGUGCCUGAUGCAACUAUAUCCUUCUCUGGCGGCACGCCUGGAAAGUCGUCCUGUUUCGACGGAAAGAUUCAGGUGCCUGGCGCAGCUGGGAUUAACGUCAAUAAUCUGUUCAAGGACGCGAGACAAAAUCCGCGUGUUCAAGCCGACGUUCCGUCUGCGUCGUCCUUCGACGAGUCCUGUGAUGAGUUUACGGAGUUUCAGAGCGCCCCGAUCCCCAGCGUCUCCGCCAUGCCAAUCUGGGACAGCAAGCAGGGUUCCGCGAUUGGCAGCAGACUCGCUAAUCACAAUCUAGGAGUGAAAAAGACAGUCGACAAAGUCAAGAGGACCACUGUCGGAACGAAAACCGUGCAUAUUAAUACGCAAAUUCGCACGCCCGCACCUGCGAGUUUGCCAUAUCAGAGUAAAGAUCAGUCCAUAAUGAUGGAAUCCACGUCCGACCUGUUUCCUAAAUGCGGAAUAAAGAAUCAGUCCAAGACAGUAAUACUCAAGGACACUGUGAUUAGAAAUAACGACACGCCUAAAGAUUAUAGCGACAGUUUUAACAGUCUGGCGGGUGUGGCGAAGCCUGUCAGCAUCAGCGAUAAAGAGGUAUUGCCUAAAGUGGAGUUAGCACCAAAGGCCGUUACGGUAGAAAUAUCUGAUUCUGUUCAACAAGAUUUAAUGAGUUUGCCACAAGUCGAGGAUAAAUACAGUGCGUUGCGCGAGCUAGUUCAAGAAGCACCCGUUACAAGUGAUGCGAGCGUAGAUUUAACUUUUAACAAUCAGUCGGCUGACGAAUUCGGAGAAUUUAUGUCGGCGGAGCAACCACCUGCUAAUCCAUCGAUAUCGGACGCUUUGGAUAUUGAAAGCUUUAGUAACAUAUUUGCAGAUUUUGAGUUUAAAACGCACGCUAAUGCCGAUAACAAUAACUUAGCAGAUCUCAACUUUGUAUCUGAGGUGUCUGAGUCGUUCAAUAAUCUAAAACUUGAUGAUGGAAUUGAAGCACAAUUGGUAGAGACAGGGAAGAAUGUUCAGAAAGAAGAUGCUAUUUCGAUAAAUAGUAUAGAGUUGAUUAGCGGUCCAUCCGAAGCACUGCCACGUUCUGGAUCUGUGCCUAGCUUAGAUCUUAAAUCAUUUUUGCCUUCUAAUAUAGAGGAAGAUCAAGUUGUAGAAGCUCCGCAGCAGACCGUGUAUUGGGAAUGGAAGCAAUAUAUGGAAAGUUGUGUUUUACUACUACAAGUUGCAGCCAAUAUAUUUACCAAUAUAACGUCAGAAUUAGUUCUGCAGGAAGUUUUAAAUUCAGCCCAGGGAUAUAACUUUCUUUGCCAAUUAGCUGAAGUUGCAGCUGUUUGUAGACGCGUUAAUUUCUCAUAUAAAGAGCUGGAUAUAAACAUUAUUGGAUUUGAUGACCUUUUAAUGGACAUUGAUCGGAUCUGGGCAGAAAUGGAACCUUUUUACGCAAAUAUACCAAUUGUCACUGAACUACCAGCUUGGCCCUUACAUCAGGGAGAAUGUGUGUCUUGCUCCUUGUGUUUAACAGUUAUCACGAGUGGCCGAGUUGUGUAUAACGAUAAUAAUUAUCAUGUAACGUGCGCAAAUUUAUGGCUCAAUUGUGUAAACAGUCAAUUGCCGGUGAUGCGAUAUUCUUUAAUUUGUCAAUCAACUAUAUGUCCAGGGAGUCACAUUUAAAUGCUAACCUGCAUAUUGCAAGGUUUUCAAAUUCAAGCUAAAAAUAUACUAUUCAGAUCUUAUUAAUGUAAUGCAUAGAAAUUCAUAUUGAAAGAGUUACUAAAAGAUCACAUUAAAAGUCACGCUA